CACUACUAUAUAACAAAUAAUUUGAGCAAAUAUGUCACGAGCAGAAGCCCAAGAAUAUCAGUUGAAUUCACCGCCAACAGAUGGAAUUUCUAACGUAACCUUUGGACCCAAUAACUUUCUUCUCGUUUCUUCAUGGGAUUCGAGUACCAGACUAUACGAUGUUGCGAACAAUCACCUCCGAGCCAAGUUCGAUCACCAAGACGCUGUGCUGGACUGCUCCUUCAUAACUGCUACCACAGCUCUAGCUGGAGGACUGGACGGACAGUUGAAGAUGUUUGAUUUUAACACCCAUUCUGACAGGGUUAUCGGGUAUCAUCAAGAUGCUAUUAAGUGUGUGGAGUGGAACAGCGAGGUUAAUCUAGCAGUCUCAGAUUCUACAGUAAGGUAUCGAACGGGCAGACAGUCGUCUGAUAAGGAACAGAGUGCCACAGUCAGACGUCUGAUCACCGCUGCUUUCCCCAACAAGAAGGGCUACGUUCUGUCGUCCUGUGAGGGUCGUGUUGCUGUUGAAUACCUUGAUCCUAAUCCUGAAGCUCAGAAAAAGAAAUAUGCGUUUAAGUGUCACCGGAUUAAGGAAGAAGGUAUGGAAACUAUCUACCCCGUCAACACCAUAUCAUUCCACAGAAGAUACAACACCUUUGCCACUGGUGGGUGCGAUGGCUUUGUUAAUAUUUGGGACAGUGAGAAUAAGAAGAGGCUAUGCCAACUCCAUAGACUCCCAACCUCCAUUGCAUCGCUUAGCUUCAAUGACGACGGAAACAUGUUAGCUAUAGCUUCUUCGUACACAUUUGAGCUGGGAGACAAGGAACAUCCGGCUGAUCAAAUUUACAUCAGACAAGUCAGCGAUGCUGAAACAAGACCUAAAUCUGUUUCUUGAUGUGAUGAAC